AUGACGAAAUGCGACGACAGAGUCAACGCUAUUCAAAACAGGUCUGAACAAUCCAUAACGGAGAAUUUGGCAGGUUACAAAGAUCUGGAAACGCAAAUUUCCGUCCAAAUGAAAACUCUGUCCAAGUCGUUGAUCACCGAACAAAACAAACUGAGUGUGAGGAUAAACCAAGCAGAUGCGAACAUCGUAAGACUGGAUGGUGGAUUGAACACCCUGGAUGGCAUUUCGAGAGGGAUUGAAGAGCUUAAAACGAGGACUGACAAGUGCUGCAUAGAUUGUGGUAACCUUACACAAGACCAUGGUACAGUAAACACCACAGUAACAAAGUAUGGAACUGUUGUUAAAAUAUCCUGCAAUCACGGUUACGAAUUGUGGGGAGAGAACAUCGUCAAAUGCAACGCUGACUCUGUCUGGUCUGCAUCAGCCACGUGUUACCCAUAUGAUGACUGCCAGGACUGGUACACUUCGGGGUUUCGUGAUACCAGGGUUUAUACCAUCUAUCCGAGCCCGGGAUUAACAUUACAGGUCAGGUGUGACAUGGAGACGGAUGGAGGAGGGUGGACGGUAAUACAGAGACGGGUGUUCGACAGCGACUUCUACAAAUCUUGGGCCGAAUACAAGGCCGGGUUCGGCGAUGAACAGAACUUCUGGCUCGGCAAUAAGAACAUCUUUGCACUGACAGGCUCAGGGGGCUACAGACUACGAGUUGAUUCAACAAGAGUAGGAGGGGAAACCAGGUUUGCGUCAUAUCAACAGUUUGCAGUUGCGGGGGAGAAUGAUAUGUACAGAUUGUCGGUCACAAAUCAUAGUGGAACUGCGGACGAUAGUCUGUCGAUUUCGAACAACAUGGCGUUCACCGUUAAAGAUCGUGAUAAUGAUUUGUAUUCUGAUUAA